UUUUAUUAAAUGUUAGUUAAGUAUUUCCUGCCCCUGCUCACGAGCCCCGUUCAUAUGCGCCAUGUAUUUCCGCUAGCCCCCCCUUUUCGGCUGCUGCUCCACUGUCGCCAACAUGCCUCUCGCGAAGGACUUGUUGCACCCAACGCCAGAGGAGGAGAAGAGAAGACACAAGAAGAAGCGUCUCGUACAGAGUCCCAACUCUUACUUUAUGGAUGUCAAAUGCCCAGGCUGUUAUAAGAUCACUACGGUGUUCAGUCACGCACAGACGGUCGUCUUAUGUGUAGGAUGCUCUACAGUGCUGUGCCAGCCUACCGGAGGAAAGGCACGCCUCACAGAAGGAUGCUCGUUCAGGAGAAAGCAGCACUAGUCUCUCAUUAACCAGUAUGCAAGGAUGAGGGAGACCACGGGAGGAGAGACAGGAUUGGCCACUCCACAGGGAUUUCAGUGACUCCGCCCAUAACGAAGCCGUGUUUCUGAUCUAUAAUGGGGCAAUGGAGAUGAAAGCUAAACCGAGAAGAGUGCUACAAAACUGUCAAAGUGCUGUCUGAACACAGAGCGUGUGAGGUGUAUAACCACCAAACCUGUCUCUCUCUCCCUCUCUUACUUUAAAUAAAGGUUCAUUUUUCAUUUA